GCCCUAUGACUAUAUUAGGUGACACGAAACUGCUCAUCGCUGCUGUCAUCGAGGCCCCUGGCCCAAUGGCAGGCUGAGUCCCCCUCCUCUGGCCUGGUCCCGCCUCUCCUGCCCCUUGUGCUCGGCGCUACCUGCUGCCCAGACACAUCCAGAGCUGGCCGGCGGGUGCGCGGGCGGGCGGCGGCACCAUGCAGGGAAGCUGCCAGGGGCAGUGGGCAGCGCCGCUCUGUGCCGCCCACCUGGCGCUGUGAGACUGGCGCUGCCACCAUGUUCCCCAGCCCUGCGCUCACGCCCACGCCCUUCUCAGUCAAAGACAUCCUGAACCUGGAGCAGCAGCAGCGAAGCCUGGCCGCCGCCGGAGAACUCUCUGCGCGCCUGGAGGCCACCCUGGCGCCCUCCUCCUGCAUGCUGGCCACCUUCAAGCCAGAGGCCUACGCCGGGCCCGAGGCGGCUGCGCCGGGCCUCCCAGAGCUGCGCGCAGAGUUGGGCCCCGCGCCUUCACCCGCCAAGUGUGCGUCUGCCUUUCCCGCCGCCCCCGCCUUCUAUCCGCGUGCCUACAGCGACCCCGACCCAGCCAAGGACCCUCGAGCCGAAAAGAAAGCCUGAAAUUUUAAGUCACCGUCUGUCUCCCUCACCAGGGUGUGAACUGCCCCGAGGGCAGAGAUCUCUCGUUUUGUUCUCCAGAGCCUUGAGCCGAGCCUGACUUUCGACAAAUGCUGAGUGAGACGUGUCGGUGGCUCCCAGUGCACUUGGCAGAGUGAGCCGCAGCCAGCUGGGCUCUCCAGGCAGGACAGAGUGGCAUCCACGAGGAUCCCUUACCAUUAUUGUGCGGCCGCGCUCCGUAGGUCGAGCCGCUCUUACCAAGCGUCUCUCUGCCUCUCUGUUCCCCCUCAGAGCUGUGCGCGCUGCAGAAGGUGGUGGAGCUGGAGAAGCCAGAGGCGGACAACGCGGAGCGGCCCCGGGCGAGACGGCGGAGGAAGCCGCGCGUGCUCUUCUCGCAGGCGCAGGUCUACGAGCUGGAGCGGCGCUUCAAGCAGCAGCGGUACCUGUCGGCCCCCGAACGCGACCAGCUGGCCAGCGUGUUGAAACUCACGUCCACGCAGGUCAAGAUCUGGUUCCAGAACCGGCGCUACAAGUGCAAGCGGCAGCGGCAGGACCAGACUCUGGAGCUGGUGGGGCUGCCCCCGCCGCCGCCGCCGCCUGCCCGCAGGAUCGCCGUGCCAGUGCUGGUGCGCGAUGGCAAACCAUGCUUAGGGGACUCGGCACCCUACGCGCCUGCCUACGGCGUGGGCCUCAAUGCCUACGGCUAUAACGCCUACCCCGCCUAUCCGGGUUACGGCGGCGCGGCCUGCAGCCCUGGCUACAGCUGCACCGCCGCUUACCCCACCGGGCCUUCUCCAGCGCAGCCGGCCACUGCCGCCGCCAACAACAACUUCGUGAACUUCGGUGUCGGGGACUUGAAUGCGGUUCAGAGCCCCGGGAUUCCGCAGAGCAACUCGGGAGUGUCCACGCUGCAUGGUAUCCGAGCCUGGUAGGGAAGGGACCCGCGUGGCGUGCCCCUGACUGAUCCCACCUCAAGAGCUCCCUGACUCUCCGGGGGAGAAGGGGCUCCCAACCUGACCCUGAGUCCCUUGGAUUUUGCAUUCACUCCUGCGGAGAGCUAGGAACUUUUUCUGUCCCACGCGCGUUCGUUCUUGCGCACGGGAGAGUUUGUGGCGGCGAUUAUGCAGCCUGCAAUGAGUGAUGCUGCAGCCUGGUGUCUUAGCUGUCCCCCCAGGAGUGCCCUCCGAGAGUCCAUGGGCACCCCUGGCAGAACGACCAGUGAAUUGGGACUGAGCCCGGGCACACGGGGCCUGAGAUCCGACCGCCCAUUCCGCGAGCCAGGGCCGGGCGCCCGGGCCUUUGUUAUCUCGCCGCCACCCGCCCACGCACCCACCCACCCGUAUUUAUGUUUUUACCUAUUGCUGUAAGAAAUGAGGAUCCCCUUCCCAUUAAAGAGAGUGCGUUGACCCCGCACGUGUGCUUCUUUCAGCUUGCGGCGCUUCAGAAACAGGAGAGAGGUGGCCGCCCAGGAUUGGUCUCAGGUCUCAGGCACAGGCAUUCGCUGAGCAAAUUGAUAACAUUGAUACUAAUAAAAACUAACCCUUGCUGGAACCAUACUGGUUCCGUGUUGGGCACUUUCUGAGAUUGUCUCAUAUAAUUCUCAAUAAUCAAAAAAAAAAAUCCUAUUUUAAAGUUUAGAAACUGAGGCCCGGAGGGAUUUAAUGACUUACCUGCGAGCAAAUAGCCAGUACUAGUUGAACUCAGGUUAAACUCUGGUUGUCUCACUUCAGAGACCGCCUUCCCUGUGCUCCCAAGCUCCCCUCCUUGAAUCCUAAUAUGUGCCAGGCACGGUUCCAGGCACUGGGCAUUAAAUGGAAAGCAAAAGAACCUGGGCCCUCUGUAGCUGGAGGGCACUGUGAUCAUCCCACUUAAAAGAACUCCUUAGCCUGUUUACAGAUGGAAAGGCCAAUAACCCAAGCCCUUGUCAAGCGUUCUCAGGCUCCUCAGAUGCCGCCUUGGGGCCUCAUCAGCUGCCCGCGGGACUGAGUGCAGGGGCUGGGCCCCAUAGAGGUGUCUGCAGAGGGUGCUCACCUCUAGCCCUGGUAAGGCCCCAUAAAUUCACAUGGUCCAAGGGAGCCCCUAAGCCCUAACCUUACUGAUGUCCUUUCCUUAGGGCAUUUAAUUUCACCAUAGUUCUGACCAACAAGUGUUACUACUGUCCUGAUUUUAUAGAUGAGAAAACUGAGGCUCUGUGAAAUCAAGUUUAAAUCCUGCUUGUUAUGGGACUUGCUCACUGCAUGCCUCCGUGGUGGUGGUGGUGAUGGUGGUGGUGGUGGUGAUGGUGGCGGCGGUGGUGGUGGUGGUGGUGGUGGUGGUUGUUGUUUGUAAAAUGAGGGUAACAAACAUACCUUGCUCUCAUCCUGGAUCGCCAGUCAGCAGGUGCUGGGACCUGACCUCCAGCUCCUCUAUCACCAGCCCCAGAGCCUGAGGAACUAACCCAGGAUCUUUUUAAGAUGCUGAUUUAAAAGAGACCAAAGCCGGGGGAGUUGAGGAUUUGUUUUCUCACUGGAUAUGGAUUUUUCUGAUAUUUUGCCCAGGAAGCACUGAGUUGGAGGCCUGGGGCAUUGGGACAUCCGGCUGAUAGCCCCCGAUACAGCCAAAGCAUUGUUUGUGGCAGUCAGGGACCGAGUGCUUCUGAAUGUUCCCCUGACUCCCAGUAAGAGUUGCCAGGCUGGCCUGGCACAACCAGGAGCUGUCCUACUGCCUCACCAGGAACCAUGCAGCCCUGCCAAUGCCUGUGUUAUCUCUCUGGGUAAGUGCCACACGCCCAUGGAAGAGGGGAGGAUGCCAGGAGGUUCUAAGUGCUACCACUGUCUAUACCCAGUGUUACCACUGGACACAGUGAUACAAGGGCAGUGGAGUGCAAGCAGUCUACCAUCGCAGGGUUCUGGGCUGUGCUGUGGGAAGGGAGAGGAAAGGGCUAUGCUCAAGGCUGGCUGAGUAGAAGAAGGGACCUGAAGGUCCGAGCCAGCUGGCAGCUGGAGAGGGCCAUCAGGAGUGGAAGCAGGAUGGUCACCUCAGCCCUGGCAUUCCGCCUCCUGGGCCUACGACCCUCCUGUGAGCCAUUAACGUGUUCCCAUCUCAGUCUUAUGGAGGGGCACGCCAAGGCUCCUCCAGGUUGCCAGACCAGCUCCUGAGCAGGAUGGUGCUCUCCUGCUAGGCAGUCCCAGCCCACAGCCCCAGCAGGCGGCCUUACUCACACAACUGGGAAAUCCUAUCCGAAAUGACCCAUAUUUGCUCUUAAUCAGAUCACUGUGGCCUUGGUCCUGUACUCAUGUGGGUCUUUUUCAUCUUACAGGUGUCUGCAGUAACAUUAGAAAUAAUAUUUAUUUCACUUAACCUUAUACCACGAGGAUUUCUCCAUGAUACCUCCCUCUUUAUGUGUCAUACUGUCUCUUCCGGGAUCAGCUGAGUGAGCUAGGAUCUCCUGCAGCUUUCCCAAGGCACUCACAAAGGCUCACAACGGCUGGCUGGCUGGCAUCUGCCAGGGCUUACCAAUGCCAGCACCCCCGGCUAAGUGUAUACAGGAGUUCUCUCACCUAACCCACCUUCAUUUGCAGACCGGAAAACGGAGGAGGUUACAUGGAUGGUCAAGAUCAUCCAGUCCCUAAGUGGGAACGGGAGCUGGGAAACACACAGGGUACAUACUGGGGAGCUUGCUCCUGAAGCCAGAGCCCACCACACUGCGGAUGUCUCUCCAGUAAAGAUGCAGCCAGACUGGCUCCUGGCGGCGCUGAGCGGACCCCAGACUCUUGCCAGUGGGGUGAGAGUCUCAGGCCUCAUACCCGGGCUCAUGACAGGGCCGUAGAUGGCAGAACUCAGGGAAGCAGCACGGACUGCCCUCGCCUGACUGGAGCGAGGCUUUACCGCCUGGGCGCUGAGUCAGGGAGCCAGGGCUCAGUACCUUAAACUAACGACGCCCCAUGUUUACAUAGCGACCCCCACUCCAAUUAUGUCGGUGGUAUUUGUUUUGUUUUCAAUUGCUAAUUGCAUAAACGAUGCAUUCAGGGUAAGAAAACUCAACCGGCACAGAGAAAAGCAAAACAAAGGAGAAGUGUGAGGCGCCUCCGAGGUGGCAAAGCCAGCGGAGAUGAGGGUGGCGCAGGCAUGAGCUCUCCAUGCCCAGGGCGCCAGGGAGGCACCUAGGGGACUCAUUUCAUUUCUAGUAUUUUUAAAAAUCGAACAAGAACACGCCGCAGCUUAAAAAAAAAAAAAUUGGAGAUAAACAGCGAGGUUAAAAAGAAAAAAAUCGGGGAAGGAAGGUAGGUUUAUUUUAAAAAGAAAGGAAAAAAAAUCAGCUGGGUGGUUCCUGGCAAAGGCGGGCCGGGGCUGGGGGUUCCCAGCACUACAGGCCAGUCCACCGCCUCCCACCCGGCCCCGCCGCACUGACUGGCCCCGCCGUCCCUUCCUUUCCUCGGGUCAUUCCCAGCCCGCAGGCACGUGUUCGGCCAAAUCAGAAUGGCUCCUGUCGUUUUGUUUUGUUUAGAUUUCACCUUAAGUGGACGCCACGUUGUGUAUCUAAAUACCUGUAUUUUUAACAGACGCGCAGAAGCCGCAGGGUUCACCGCCGACUCUCUGCACUCUGUCCCGCGCGAGAGUAGCACCGUCUUCCCCGCAGCGCCGGCCCCUCGCAUCCUCAUGGGAGCAUUCCGGGGGCAGGCCCUGCGCUUCUCUGCCGCAGGCAACAACCUUGUGGCCCCUAAGGCUUGCUGACUCCCCUACCAGGCUGAGCUCCUGGAGAAAGGGACCUGUGGCCUGCGUUUAAUUUAUCACUCUCAGAAUUUACCGCGUGCCAGGCACUGUUCUGAGCUCUUUACAAGUGAACCCAUUUAAUCCCUUUUUAUGCCUCUGGGUUCUCGUGAGGAAACAGAUGAAGGAUUCAUUUUAAACCCGGAAAGGAGGAGUAUGUUGCCCAGGGUCACACAGCUGGUCAGUGUCAGAGCUUGGUUUCAAGCCCAGGCAGGCUGGUUCCAGAGCCCCAGUACGUGGUGUGAUCCCAUCCCCAGUUCAGGACUGGCAAAGAGUAGGCGCCAAGAAAUGUUUGUCUAUUAAAGUGUACACACAUGAUAUUAGCUAACAACUCCUGGAUGAUUUCUAUGUGCCAGGCACAACAAAUGACGAGAGAAGCACGCUUCUUAACUCCCUUUGAGCCUGAGAGGAAUCUCAGACAGGAUGGUGGCAGCUGGGACUCCAGGGAUGCAGCCUGGCCCUCUUGCUGCGUCUCAGAGGAGAGCUUACCCCAGUGGUGGGCAGUGAAGACACCCGAGGGCACCCUCAGAGCACCAUGGGCUCCCCACCCUGCCGCAGCCCACAGCUGCGUGGAAUAACAGUAUGGAUUAUUGCCUAACAUCUGUUGGUGCUUACUUUGUGCCAGGCCCAGGGCUAAAUGCUUACCCUGCAAAUCUCAUUCUGUCAUUUUCCAAGGAGGAAAUUGAAACCCAGAGAAGUUAAAAACAUCACCUACCUAAGGCCACUCCAGUAGUGUGGAGUAGGGAAACUGGUGCUGGAAUCCAGAUGGUUCCAGAGAGCCCUAGCUCUUCAACCCACUCUCAGCAGCUCCCAAACUUGCCCGAAGACACAAACUGCCUGGAGGCCGGGACAAACCCCAACCCCUGCCUGCCCCAGCUCCCUUGAAUUGGACUCCCCAGGGACAGGCCCUGCGGGACUGCAUUGGUGUCCAGGUGAUUCUCAUCAUUUGGCAGGUUGGAGAACCACAACCGCUACCAGCAGAGGCCCCAGACUGCCCAGGCUCCAGUUCUUGAGGGCCUACGGGAAACUGGAGUCAGAUUUCCCCUCUCCAGGCCCUGCUCUUCUAUCUCAGGGUCUCUGUGUGUUUGCUGUGAUCCAGUGGCUGAGACACAAGCCAGGCAGCCCUGGGGACCCUGGGCAGGAGAGUGGAGUGGUGGAGGCUGGGAGAGAGAGACUCUGGGACAUGCCUGUCUCAGUCUGGACCCCAAAGCCAUCCCUGUGGCUUGUGAAGCUCAGGUCCUGCCAGUGCUGCUAUGGAGAGAAGAGCAAUUUGGGAGGACUAUUCAGAGACAGUUCAUUUGUUCUACCCAGAUCCUAAACUCCACAUCAGAGUCCUGCAGGAAGUAGACUAGGGGCAAACCAGCCUCCAUGGGGGCUUAUAGUAUGCCAGGCUUUCUGUGUGAGCUCACUGAUGCCUUGAAAUCUGCUGUUUAUUGUGGAGUCCAUUUUACAGAUAAAGAAAGUGAGCCUUAAAAUGGUUUUGUUGGGGCCAGGCGCAAUGGCUCAUGCCUGUAAUCCCAGCACUUUGGGAGGCCCAGGUUGGCGGAUCACGAGGUCAGGAGAUUGAGACCACCCUGGCUAACACAGUGAAACCCUAUCUCUACUAAAAAUACAAAAAAUUAGCUGGGCGUGGUGGCAGGCGCCUAUAGUCCCAGCCACUCGGGAGGCUGAGGCAGGAGAAUGGCCUGAACCCAGGAGGCGGAGCUUGCAGUGAGCAGAGAUCCUGCCACUGCACUCCAGCCUGGGUAGCAGAGUGAGACUCCAUCUCAAAAAAAAAAAAAAAAAAAGAUUUUGUCGAGCCAGGCAUGGUGGCUCAUGCCUGUAAUUCCAGCACUUUUGGAGGCCGAGGCAGAAGAUUGCUUGAGCCCAGGAGUCUAAGACCAGCCUGGGCAACAUAGGGAGACCUUGUCACUACAA